CUCAUUUCCCCUCCUCCUUUACCUUUGCUCCAGCUCCCUUACACUGUUUUCCUUUGGAAGCAGUCUGUCUGCCUCUGACAAAAUGUUCAAAAUCAGGGUAAUUAUACAAAAGACCUUGAUUCUUUUGUAUGUAUCGCUGUGUGUUGCUGUUGGUAAAAUGCUGAUGAUAUUGUUCCCGGAAAUGAUGAAAAGAUAUAUUCUAAAACAGGGGCAAAAGGGCAGCAUAGGCACGAAUCCAAAUUUCAGCUAUGAGAACUGGGGUCCGACUUUCUUCAGCUUGAAAUAUUUACUCUUUGUUUUGAAAGUGAAGUGGAAAAGGCUGGAAGAUGAAGCAUUUUUAGGACAUAAUGCUCCCAACACCCCAGUGGCAGACUUCAGGGAUGAAAUGCAUCACAUCUUGGACUUCAUGCAAGACAACAGGCCUUUAGUCCUGAAUUUUGGAAGCUGCACCUGACCUUCAUUUCUUUUCAAAUUCAGCGAGUUCAACAAGCUUGUUGAAGAUUUUAACUCCAUAGCAGAUUUCCUUAUAAUCUAUAUUGAAGAAGCUCAUGCAACAGAUGGAUGGGCUUUUAAAAACAACAUUGUUAUUAAUAAUCACCAAAACCUUCAAGAUCGAAAAAAGGCUGCACAAUUUCUUCUGAAAGAGAAUCCUUUAUGCCCAGUGGUUUUAGAUACUAUGGAAAACCUGAGCAGUUCAAAAUACGCAGCUCUGCCAGAAAGACUUUAUCUGGUGCAAGGAGGAAAGGUUGUCUAUAAGGGUGGAGUGGGACCUUGGAAUUAUCAUCCAGAGGACAUACGUGCAAUCUUGGAAAAACUAAAAUAGGUGAACAAAUCAGAAUCCCCAAGAAUAAAGUGGUCUAUCUGGAAAAAAUGGUCCCUGAACAACUUACUCUGACCUUUUUUAAAAUAUAUUUUUACUGCUGUUUAUUUUAAAAUAAUUAUAGAAAUCAGAGGUUAAAAGAAUAUAUACUCACCCAGCAGAAAAAGACAAGGAUAUAGCAUGAGUUAUACCUUAUUCAAGAAUCAGACAUCAACAUGGCUUGAUUCAACACCAUUUGAAAUUAAUGGAAAAGCUCUCUAAGAAUGCUAGCCCAGAUAUGGAGUCAUAGAUGUAACCAUCAGAUACAGGUUAGCAUAUAGGAAAUACAAGUAAAAAAGAGAGAGAAUAAAAGGAGUACAAAAAUCAAAAGUGUUUUUAUAGAUUUCAUCGCUACCCUGUUCAUACACCCUUGGACCAAAAUUUUUCAUAUAGUGAAACUACUUGUCUCUUAAAAAAAAAAUCCUGGAUAUUACUCCAAAUGUGUAAUGGCUUUCAUAUGCCCAUUCUUAAUAGUUUAGGUAGCAUCUGAUAUAAUGAAACUUAAUAUUAAAUAACAGAAAAUAAAUUGUGUCUAUAUUCACUACACUUCGAUUAGCUCAAGAUUUCUUGUCAUUAAAAUAUGAACUAGUGAGUGGAAAGAAAAAUAUAUUUUAUUCCACUGAAUGCAGCUAUCAUUUAGUGCCCAAUCCUUCAGUUCUGAUGAAUGUAAAAUUCCCACUGAGAUUAAUGGGAGUUUUUUGCCUGUUUUAGCACUGCAAGAUUAAUCCCUUUGAGUUUUGAAACCUGGCCUUAUCAGUGAAACCUUACCAGUAAUACAUUCUGGUGCAACGGAUUCAGAUAAUGUUCAGUAUCACAGAGACAGCAAUGGUACAACGUGUUAUAACUAGUCACUUUUUGAAACUGAAAUCUAUAAAAUAAAUAUUAGUAAUUAAAAGCCGUACAAAUCGCUUGGAUGAAUGUUGGAGUAGGGUAUUAGCAAACAAAACAAAUGAUUGCACACUGAUCCCUCUUUUUUAAAAAAAGAGGCACUUUCUAUUAUUUACAGGCAGUUUUUCUAAAUGUUCACUUGCACACACUCCAGCAAGUUUAUGAAUGAAACAAUUUGUAUUAAUGUACAUCAGCAUUGGUUCUAUUAAUAUUUGUUUAUGACAGUCAUAGCAUAAAGCCCAGGCAGCUGUGACCUGAUUUGUGAAAAUAUUUAUAGAGGCAAUGAGCUAAAUAGGAGCAAUUAAAAUAUAUUAAACCAUC